GCGUCCCCUUCGUUGUCUGUGACUAUUCUUUUUGGCUCCCUCCACUUUACUCUUUAUCUUCUUCUUCUUCUUCUUCUUCGCUGUUUCUGAGAUGGGUUGGAAGCCUCUGAAGCUCAGCCAGUGAUCUUUCACCUUCUCUCUCUCCUAUCAACCUUCAGCCUGGUUUAAAACAGUAGCAGCAUGAUGGAAUCAUGUGAUUGUGUUGAAGCACAAUGGCCCCCCGAUGAACUUCUGGUGAAGUAUCAGUACAUCUCUGAUGUGCUUAUUGCGUUGGCGUAUUUCUCGAUUCCAUUGGAGCUCAUAUACUUUGUGCAUAAAUCCGCUUUCUUCCCAUAUAGAUGGGUGCUUAUGCAGUUUGGUGCUUUCAUUGUGCUUUGUGGCGCCACCCAUUUCAUAAAUGUGUGGACAUUCUCUAUGCACACCAAAACCGUUGCCAUUGUGAUGACUAUCGCAAAGGUAGCGUGUGCUGUUGUAUCAUGUGCAACGGCGCUGAUGCUUGUUCACAUUAUUCCGGAUUUGUUGUCUGUCAAGACCCGGGAGCUCUUUCUCAAGAAUAAGGCUGAAGAGCUUGACAGGGAGAUGGGCUUAAUUCUAACUCAAGAAGAAACAGGAAGGCACGUUAGAAUGCUGACACAUGAAAUUAGAAGCACACUUGACAGACACACUAUACUGAAAACCACUCUUGUUGAGCUGGGGAGGACUUUAGGCCUUGAGGAAUGUGCUUUGUGGAUGCCCUGCAGGAGUGGUAUGAACCUUCAACUUUCUCAUACUCUCAAUUACGAUGCCCAAAUCGGGUCUACUGUGCCAUUCAGCCUUCCUAUAGUUAAUGAAGUGUUUAAGAGCUCUAGAGCAAUGCGUAUACCAUAUACCUGCCCCUUGGCUCGGAUCAGACCACUUGUAGGAAGGUAUAUGCAACCUGAGGUUGUUGCUCUGCGUGUGCCACUGUUGAAUCUUUCAAAUUUCCAGAUCAACGACUGGCCUGAUGUCUCUGCCAAAAGCUAUGCCAUCAUGGUUCUGAUUCUACCAACAGAUGGCACUAGAAAGUGGCGUGACCAUGAACUUGAACUGGUUGAUGUUGUUGCAGAUCAGGUAGCUGUCGCUCUUUCACAUGCUGCUAUUCUUGAAGAGUCUAUGCGAGCCAGUGAUCAGCUUGUUGAGCAGAAUGUUGCUUUAGAUUUGGCCCGGAGAGAAGCUGAGCUAGCAGUCCGUGCUCGCAAUGAUUUCCUUGCUGUCCUGAACCAUGAAAUGAGGACACCAAUGCAUGCAAUUAUUGCAUUGUCUUCACUUCUCUUAGAAACGGAACUAACACCAGAAAAUAGGGUUAUGAUAGAAUCAGUAUUAAAGAGUAGCAACCUUUUGGAAACACUCAUUAAUGAUGUUCUGGAUCUUUCGAGGCUUGAAGAUGGCAGCCUAGACUUGGACAUUGGAAUGUUUAACCUCCAUGGAGUUUUCAGAGAGGCAAUCGAUUUAAUAAAGCCUAUUGCAACCGUGAAGAAGUUAUCUAUGACUUUGAUUCUGGCCCCGGAUGUGCCUGUUUGUGCUGUUGGAGAUGAGAACCGGCUUAUGCAAACUAUUUUAAAUGUUGCUGGUAACGCUGUCAAGUUUACAAAGGAGGGUUAUGUUUCAGUUAUAGUAUCUACUGCAAAACCAGAGUCUUCAAGAGAUUGGCGACCGCCUGAAUUUUAUCCAGCGCCAAGUGAUGGUCAUUUUUACUUGCGGGUUCAGGUCAAGGAUUCUGGCUGUGGUAUUCUUCAGCAAGAUAUUCCUCGUAUUUUCACCAAAUUUACUCAACCAAGAAAUGGAUCCAAUCGAGUAAAUGAUGGCGGGGGACUUGGACUUGCCAUUUGCAAACGGUUUGUGAACACCAUGGGAGGCCAUAUUUGGAUCGAGAGUGAGGGCAUUGACAAGGGGACUCUUGUUGUAUUUAUCGUCAAACUUGCGAUAUGCGACAACUGCAGUAUAUCAAUAGCACAUCAAAUAGCACCCGCACCCAAAAGAGAGGCAAAUCACGGAAGUGCAGAUCUCAUUGGAUACAGACCAGCUUUUGGAGAUGGUUACGGUUUAGCCCCAAAUGGACGUUAUCAGAGAAGCCUUUGACUGCAAACUGUAAAUGUUGUGCCAGAAAAACAAAUUUUCCUUAGUACGUAAUGGAGUACCAAUGGUCUAUGAUUGCAUAUACUGGUCUUUCAUAUAUUUUUUUCGUUUUUGGAAA